CUUUUCGUCAUUGUCACUAAAAAGUUUUGUGUAGAUGUCAUCUUUCUUAUUAUCAUUCAAAUUUAACUCCAAUUUAUCAUUUAACAUAUUUUUUUUAAAGAUUGUAGAAUUACAUUUAUCGCCAUGAGUGUAAUGGGAGAUAAAUUACUAAACGAAACCUUCCUCCGAUUGUUCUUGGAAAAAAACUCAGAUGAUACAAUGCACUUACGUUUAAAGGGAAAAGAACUUUAUCAACGAUUUGGUUCCCGUUUAAAACCAAGACAUAUGAGAACUAUCGCGACAUUUCUGCUAAAUAAUCCAGACAUCGUUAGUGUGGAUCUAUGUUAUAACGAUUUUGGAGACAGAGGAUUGGAGACAUUAUCUGAGUAUUUGUUUAAUCAUCCAAAUAAUUUACAAUCUAUGAGUUUAAUGCAGUGCGAUAUAACAGCAAAGGGUAUAGAAAAACUUUCAGCUUCUUCCCAUAUCCGACUGAAAAUGUGUAGACUUAAUGGGAAUAAAAUUGGCGCGGAGGGAGCUCGGUUUAUAGCAAGACUUAUAGAAAAUUGUCCUUAUUUAGAGAUCCUAGAUAUCGCAGAGACUGAUCAAACAUUAGAAAGUAUUGAAUCGUUUCUGAUUGUCAUAGAAGAAAGUAAUAUAAAAGUGUUAGACAUUUCAAGAAUCAUUCAAAAUUCGUUUUAUACUAAAUACAAUCAAGCAACACUGGCUGAUGAUCUGGGAGUUGCAUUAAAGUUAAAUAGCAAAUUCGUAGAAAUCCACAUUCAGAAAUUAGAAUUCGAUGGACAUGACGUAGAAAUUUUGUUGAAUGGAUUAAAGGCGAACAGAAGUAUAGAAGUGCUUGAUAUUGGAUACAAUAAUAUCAGUGAUUAUGGUACAGAAUUAAUAGCAACUUGGUUGAGAGACAGACCGAAUUUAAAAGGAUUAAACUUAGCUGGUAAUUGCAUAGGACCUGUAGGAGCAAGGGCAAUGAGUUUUGGUUUGCCUUUUUCUAAAUUAAGAUUUCUAGACAUGAGUAGCAAUCGUAUAAACGAUCAAGGAUUAACAGAUAUACUUGAUAGCUUAAAGAAAACUCCCAUGAUGAGAAUUUGCUUCCUCUGGGGUAAUAGAUGGGAAGAAAUGGCGUGUGAGAGACUAGCUAGAAUGAUUCGAUCUGGUGUAAUUGAACAAGAAUACAUCGAUGUUAAAACAUAUAUCCUAGAUGGAAAAAUACAAGCGGUACAUUAUCCAGCAAACACUUACAAAGCAAACUAUUAUUCCCUCAUGAAAUUUGGCUACCCAGAAACUUUGAAAAUAAAAAGAAAUAUCAUUGAUGGCCCUCUAGACCAGCCGAGAGCUUUAUUAAAUUUGACGCAUAUUGGAAGGUAUCCUAAAGUUGAUAAAAGUUUGGGACCGCGAGUAGUAAGGAUACCUAAAUGUAAGGAUGAUGAAGAAAAAAAUGUUAUGGAAGAAGCUGAGGCGAUACAGGAGAGUGGAAUGGAGUAAAUUUUGCUUUAACAUAUUUUAAACUAACAUUAAAUAGAAAAAGCAGACUGAAAUAUAUAUUUUUUUAACAUUUAUGAGCCUUUUUAGUGUUCCAAAU